UAAUUUUAUAUGGUAUUAUGUGAACACGAUUUUAUGUUAGUUGCCGCUCUGGUUGUUGGUGGUGAUGAUGAUUUUUGCUGAUGAAGGUUUUUGUGUGUAUGGACCUGUAAAUUUAGGGUUAGGGUUAGGGUUGUGUAUUUUUUGGUUGUUGGAUUUUGGCAUUUAAAUUUUUGGUUCAAAUGAUCUUGCUGAUCAUUCUGGUUCGUUGUAUUCUGAAGAAAUCUUUGUUUUUCGUUGUUGGGAGGAAUGGCAAAGAGUUACUUCAAGCAAGAGCAUGAUUUUGAGAAGAGACGUGCAGAGGCUGCUAGAAUUAGAGAAAAAUACCCAGACAGGAUUCCGGUGAUUGUCGAGAAGGCUGAGAGGAGUGAUAUUCCGAACAUAGAUAAGAAAAAGUACCUUGUCCCAGCCGACUUGACAGUAGGACAGUUUGUCUAUGUAAUACGUAAAAGGAUCAAACUGAGUGCAGAGAAAGCUAUUUUUAUAUUUGUGGACAAUGUCCUCCCACCUACAGGGGCAAUCAUGUCCGGAAUAUAUGAUGAGAAGAAGGAUGCAGAUGGGUUUCUCUACGUCACUUACAGUGGAGAGAACACGUUUGGAUAUGAGAUACCACAUUAGUGAUUGAUUCUUUGGGCAUUGCGAUUGUUUCAUUGACAGUUCACCAUCUUUGCCUGCAUCAUGAUAAUCUCCAUUCCCCUUCAUUAUUGCGCUUAUUUUAUGAAGACAAUGUCGUUGGUAAUAUGUACAGCAUAUUUUGUAUAUAAAAACCCUGCACGAUGUUAGAAACUCUUGCUUCAUGCUUUAAAUAAUUAAAUUCACACUAUCUCUUGCUUCUA